AUGGCUGCUGCACCACGCCUCCGCUCAAUCUACCGAUCUCUUCUUCGCGAGCUUCCGCCGCGCCCCGUUCUGGCCCGCGAGCGCUCGCCUCUCCAUCACCGCCUGCGCGCCAGCUUCGCCGACUCCACAACCAGCCACCGAGCUGAAGCCGACGCCGCCGAGGCCGAACAGUUUGCCGCCUACCUCCGCGCUCAGCGCACCUAUGUUACCUUGUUGGAGCGCUACAACCCGGGCAUGAACAUGGACGAGGAGGAGCGCGUGCGCCUCACAGCUCGGAGGGUCGGCAUGGAUUUGCCAAAGGAGUUCAAGAACCGCCUGAAAUAA